GUCACAUUUAUGAAGGCUCAUUAGAGCUGGGAGUGAUGAGGGUGUGAACUCCGGCAUUUGCUUGCGUGGGAGAGCAUGUCUCCCUGGUGUACUCUGCCAGCGCCGAAUACUCCAACUGCGGCGAGAACGAGUACUACAACCAGACCACGGGCAUGUGCCACGACUGCCCCAAGUGCGAGCCGGGUGAAGAGCCCUACAUGACAUGUGGAUAUGGCACCAAGGAUGAGGACUAUGGCUGCAUCCCCUGCCCUUCAGAGAAGUUUUCCAAAGGAGGGUACCAGAUAUGCCGACGGCACAAGGACUGCGAGGGAUUUUUUCGAGCCACAGUCAUGACACCUGGGGAUCAGGAGAAUGAUGCAGAGUGUGGUCCCUGUCUCCCAGGUUACUACAUGCUGGAAAACAGACCUCGGAACAUCUAUGGGAUGGUUUGCUACUCGUGCUUGCUGGCACCUCCCAACACCAAGGAAUGUGCAGGCUCUAACUCUGGCAUUUCAGCCAUUUUCCCAAGCACCUCUGGCACAAGCACUUUCUCACCUUACCAGCAUGCUCACAAAGCAGAUCUUUCAGGACAAGGACAUCUGGCUACAGCUCUUAUAAUUGCUAUGUCCACUAUCUUCAUAAUGGCUAUUGCCAUUGUCCUCAUCAUCAUGUUUUACAUUGUAAAAACAAAGCCAUCUGCUCAAGCCUGUUGCAAGAGCCACUCAGUAAAAAACGUCGAAGCUCAGGCUAACACUCAAGAAGAGAAGAAAGAAGUGCAAGAUAAUGUUGUGAUAUUCUCUGAGAAAGAAGAGUUUGAAAAACUUACAGCAACUCCAGCUAAGGCUGUCAAAAGUGAAAAUGAUGCAUCUUCUGAGAAUGAGCGACUCUUAAGCCGGAGUAUGGAUAGUGAUGAAGAAGCUGCAGUUGACAAGCAGGGGACUCCAGAGAGAUGCUUGUUAUCUUUAGUGCAUUUGGCCAGAGAUAAAUCUUCUACAAGCAAUAAAUCAACUGGGAUUCAAAGUCGAAGGAAAAAGAUACUUGACGUGUAUGCUAACGUAUGUGACGUUGCAGAAGGUCUGAGCCCUACAGAACUGCCAUUUGACUGCCUGGAGAAGACCAGCCGAAUGCUGAGCUCCACCUACAACACGGAGAAGGCCAUAGUGAAGACGUGGCGUCACCUGGCCGAGAGCUUUGGGCUGAAGCGGGACGAGAUUGGCGGCAUGACGGACGGCAUGCAGCUCUUCGACCGCAUCAGCACGGCGGGCUACAGCAUCCCAGAGCUGCUCACCAAACUGGUGCAGAUCGAGCGGCUGGAUGCUGUGGAAUCCUUGUGUGCAGACAUUCUGGAGUGGGCACAAGCAAUGCCGGCUCCUGAACCAGCAGGGACGUCCUGACACGCCUGCCUGGGGCCUGCACCUCCACAUCAGAAGCGUGAUUCCAGUAAGCACUGCAUCAAAGACUUUGGACUAAAGACCAUUGAUGCUUCUCCUACACAAUUGCUCACCAUAGCCAAUGGGAAGCUCUUCUCUUUGACUUCUAAAAGUGAAGUAACACAUCCACCAAAUCGAGAGCAGAAAUUUCCCAAGAAGCUUGGCAUGAAACAUGUCAUGAAACAAAAUGAUCAUGUUAAAAAGUUACUGAUAAUAAGCAGAGACACAAACAUCCAUUCUUCAGUCUGUGUAUGAGUAGGAGGGCAAAUAACCCUUCAGGAAAGGCAUUUAAUAGUUCUCCGAAAAGAGAACUAUUAGGGCUUUUAGGGCUUAUUUCAAUGGUUCAAUGGUUUAACAGUUACAGUCAGAAGCAGUACCACACCUACAGUAUCAAUUAAUACACAUUAGGCACAUACAUUUCUAUCUGCUCCAACCACUUUCAUUUUCUACAUUUAUUAUGGGUUUGUUGAAUCUAGAAUUAUGUGUGUUAUGUGCGUAGGUGUAUAUGCACAGUCCUCAGAUUGACCAACUAUGCUACAUGGAAAAAGAGUCACCAUAACUUACAGAUUGAAGUGCUUCAAAACAAUCUACAUAAUGCACAUAAAUGCACUCUUGGUCCAUUCUGACAUUUCAGAAAUUAUAAAUUCAAGUAGCUGACUUGCUGAGGACAGGCUGGUUAGCAAGUGGGCAGUAAAAGUGGGCAGUUACUCCUUGCAAGUGGAGAGCAAAAUCUUCUUUUCUUUACUGUUAAGAAAAAAAGCAAAACCAAAACCAGAUUGUCCACUACCAUUAAGAUAUACUUUUCCAGUGAUGACAUCUAUAUAUCAAAUUAUAUUCAAGCCAGAGGAAUUCCAGACAACAGUGGUGCACAUGUGACACAAAGAGCAAAAAGAGUGGAUUUCUUUAGAAACCCUUGAGAUGCGGAGGAAAACGUGUUUUUAAUGCUAUACUCUUGUAAGCCUAGACCAUGAGCACAGAAUCCACCAGUAACAUUAAACUCAUCUGGAAGGUAAUGCAUUACUGUGAGUUUGUGAAGUACAAAAAUUGACCUAAUUUGGUUUUCUUUUAACUAAUGUCUGAUUUUCACAAUUAAAAUUUAUCUAAAAUUCAUUCAGACCACAGGUCAGUGUCUUCUACCAAACCUAUUUGCCUAAUUUGUAGCCAAAAUAGUGAUGAUGGAUUUCACCAAAUGUAACCACUAAAUUAAGAGAUGUGUCAAUUACAAAAGUUACUUCUUAAAUUCCAAAAUGCAUGACUGAACAAAAUGCUAUUAAAAAUAUUUACUAUUACCCAGAAUUUAACAACCAGUAUUCCAUCACUUAGUAACUAGAUCUUAUUUAUGAUAGUAUCAUAAUUGUGCAAAACAUUUAUCAUCACCCUUUAACAUCUAUAUUUAGUAUUGUUUCAGCACUUGAUUUGUAUAUCAGGGAAGUAAAUACUGCAACAUAAAACCUAUCCUUCUCGUUA